AUUCACUUUGUGCAUGGCAGUGCAAGGUUAUAUAUAAAUAAUUAACUUUUUCCAUUUAAAUGUACAUAGUUAAUUAAAUUUGAGGUUUUAGAAGUUAUUAAAUGGUGGGGUAUAAUUUUAUUUUUGUUGACCUAAAUUUUUGUGCAAAAAGUAGUUAAUUAGUACUGAAAACCCUUGGGAGAAGGAGGUGGGGAAGAUGGGUGUGGGAGGAACAGCGGAUUUCUUCUACAAGGAGGCGCAACGCCUGGGCUACGUGGCUCGCUCUGCCUUCAAACUCCUUCAGAUACAAAGCCAACACAAGCUCAUCACCCCCGGCGCCGCCGUUCUCGACCUCGGCUGCGCCCCCGGCGCCUGGCUCCAGGUCGCUUGCCAGAGCCUGGGUCCCCUCCGCGGCGGCGGCUCCGUCCUCGGCGUCGACACCAAGAAGAUCAAGCCUCCCCCUCUCCACUGCGAUUCCAGGGUCCAAACCCUCUCCGCUGACGUCACCACGCUCCCUCGCCGCCGCCUCAGGGCUCUCUCUCCCGCCCAAAAAGGGUUUUCCGUUGUUCUUUCCGAUAUGUGUCCCUUGGUUUCCGGAAUCACCACCAAAGACGCUGCCUUGUCGUUUGAGCUCGGGAUGCGGGCCUUGGGUUUGGCUCUCGGCGACAGAAUUCACCUGGAGCCAGGUGCUGAUGAUGAUGAUGAGAGUGGCGGAGUGUUGCGAGUUGGAGGGCACCUUGUUGUCAAGCUUCUCGAGAGUGAAGAUGCUAAAGAGAUCAACCAGAUUUCUAAACCGUUCUUUAGGAAGACGUCGUGGCUCAGACCUAAAGCCACAAGGCCUUCUUCAAGAGAGAUUUAUUUGAUAUGUCAAGGUUUAAAGCCAGAGGCUAACAUUAUUAUAUAGAUUCUUUUACAACAUCACAUUCCUUGCAAGGGAGAAUGUUAGGACAUGUCCCAUUUUAUUGAUGUUAAUUAAGGUGAUUGUGAAACUCACUAGUUUUUCUAGCUAGCUUUUGAUGUUUAUUAAUCGAUGGAUCUUGACUCCUGUGAUAUUUGAGGAGGGUGGUGAGAGGUUUGUGAUUUGCCCCAUGCCAAGGAAAUUGUAUUUUUUGUUUGUUUGAA